CCAGGAAUACUUUCUUGGAGUUGGACACGAAUACAUACGUAUAGCACAACCUUGGAAGAUGCAGCAGCAGUAGUGGUUUCGGAGGUUUCCGUCUUGUUGAUCCGAUUUGAUUUUGCGGUGGAGGCGCAGUUGCCUCUUCGUCCAUCCAACCCGUUCAUAGAAGAAAAAUAAUUUCAAAUUCCAAACCUUUUACGGACAUAAUCACUUGCCCGAUUGUUUAGCUGAAGUCAAGCAUGGAAUGGUUCUUUCCAUUAAAAAGCCUGAAACAAGGUCUUUCCAUUGGCCAUGGUCCAGCAAAGCUUCCAAAAUUCCUCUCACCAUCCUGACGCAGAGCGAAGCAGAGCAGAGCGCAGACAGACAGAGAGAGAGAGAGAGAGAGAGAUGAUUACAUGCAUUCCUUGUCCCGGCCCCAAAGGACUCUUCAAAGAAAUCACCAACCAUAUUAAGGACAUGUCCUCGAAGGUUGUGCGGGUGCAACGGAGGAGGAAGCCGGAAUGUUCGGAAGCAACAGCUACAAUGGAGGCCAAAGGAGAAGAAGAGGAAAAGGAAUGGGUGGCAGAGCCUGAGGGUGGGGUUCUUAUAACCUUGAUGCCUCUGCCUAACGGAGGCAACCUUAUAAAAAAGAUACGUUUCAGCGCGGAGAUGUUUGAUGCCUUGGCAGCUCAGAACUGGUGGAGUGAAAACUUUGACAGAAUUGUAGAGCUGUAUAGCAUUUCUCAGAGCCAAAUACCUCAGACACCAUCAGCUCAUGCCAACGACGAGAAUCAUCCAAUUGAUUCAUCUCAAGUUCAUGAAGUAAUGGAGUCAGCACGAACCCCUCGCAACUCCACGGAGUCACCGCACUCACCGAGAAUGGACCCAUGCAGCAGCGCUCAAGAGGGAGAAAGCUCGACAAUGGCCGAUCCAGGAGGAAUCCAGGGCAAGGUGGUAGAGUGGGUGGUGGAAGACGAGCCUGGUGUCGUUAUAACCAUCCAUUCCUUGCCAGAUGGCUCCAAAGAGCUAACGCGCGUUGAACUCAGCCGGGAGAGGUUUGGAGAGGUGAAGGCAAGGGUGUGGUGGGAAGAAAACAAAGCCAGAUUAUAUGAACAGUACGUGUAGACCUUUACCGCGAUGGCAGGUUUGUUUCUGAUAUGUUUGCUACUCUUUUACUGUUGUUAAGUUAGGCAUGCUUAUGAAAUGCUGUAUUUGGUUAUCAUAGCACCGUUCGUGCAAAUGUGUUGUCGAUUUGAAAGCCAUUAAGGAGACGCAUAAUUUGACAAUCUUGGUCAUGGGUAUUUCGACGCCUAAACACUUUAUACAGAUGAUAACUUGUUCAAAAUGGAAGAGUCGUCUCAAGAUUAGAAGGGAAAGAGAAGGAGUUUAAGGGUCUUGGAGCCUUUAAGCCUGUUUUUCUUGAGACAAGAAAGGUUAGAAGAAAAACUUGAUAUCCGGCAUGGCCGCCUCCUAGAAAGCAGAGGAAAAAGAAGAGAAAGGAGGGGGGGAGGUCGUGGUUCCGGAAGCAGCUUCCGUCGAGUUAGUGACGAUUACGUAGCAAACAAGUUCAUUGCUUCUGCAGAAAACAAGCGAAAUCUAGAUGUCAAUGUCGGAUUUCACCAGAGAGCAAAUGUUCCGCAGGAGCAGAUUAA